AUGCUAAAUAAAAGUCAAAACUCUAUGCAGCUUUGUUAAUUAUGUAAAAUGACUAGUUAAAAUCCUAUACAACUUAUCUGCUCGCACUCACUUUGUUUAAAAUGUGGACUAAAGAUAUAGAUACAAGAAAACACUAGUCAGAUACAAAAUAAGUUUCGCAUAUAAUGUCCGAAAUGUAAUAAAAUAACUCUAACCUAUGAUAUUAAAAAUUUAUUAUUGGAGAGCAACGAAUUAUAUUUGAUAACUGAUUCUAGUGAGAUGGAGAAGGAGGUCUUAAAUGAAAGCUAGUUUUCUUUGCAAAAAAAUUAAUAGGAGGCAAUUUUUGGCAGAAGAGAAUCUAAUGCUUAUCAAAUCUAAGAGGUCUUUUCAAAGAACUCUUAAAUGUUGAAUGCAUAAGGUAUUAACAACAAUCCUCAAAUUGCUUUUAACCAUAAUCAGUCCAAUAAAAAGAAACCUAUUAUUGGAAAUGAGAAAACAUCUCCAACAAAAUAAUUCUAGAAGCCUGCUUAAUAGAAUCACUAAAAAAAAUAAUAAUACUAAGUGCCUCAACCAGAAAUCGUUUUAGAAUGUAAGGCCAAAACUCAAGCAAACACAUCAAAUGUUUAAUAGUAAAAAUUAAAUGAUUUUUUAAAGCCGAAUUCCAACACUCCUGUUGCUACUCCAACCACACUAUCUUCUUAAUUAUUAUUCUAAUAGACUGAUAAUAAGAAGUAGAUCGCUUAAGUUUAAGCUGUUUAGCAAUAUAAGUAAAAGCAAAAGACGCAGAAUACCAAUAUAUACGUGCAGGAACAUCAAUAAAGUACUAUAAAUCAAAAUUAAUCAGACGUUGUAUUUCCUCAAUAAAAUAAAAAAAAUAACCAAAACAAUUUAGAGAGUGUCUAUCAUUAACAAGCUCAACACUAGAACAGCAUAUUCGACAAGUAUAAUGACAAUACCAAAUAAAUGCUAUUUGAUGACAAAUAGAGAUGCACAAUAGAGUUGAAUAAGGAAAAGGAGAAUCAAUUUUUGAAGGAAAUCUCUAAAGAUUGUUAAAACUCAUCCAAUUAAACUUCAGACAAUUCCAGACAUAAGAGAAGUUCUACUGGCUUAAUUUAAGAGGUUGAAGAAAAUGCAUCAGUUUAGAUAAUCUAAUCAUAUUUUUAAAUGGUUUAGAAGAAUGUUUAGAAAUUGGAACGAGAGGUGAUAAAUGCUGCAAAUGGCAAAUAAAUUGAUCCAUAAAUAGUAUACUCUAAACUCAAGGUAUUGACAUCAAGAAUCGGAGACAAUGAUGGGGAGUUAGUCCAAUCAAUUAAGGUGAUGCAAAAACUGCAACAAGAAAUUUUAGGACUCUCUACUCCAUCUUAGCAUAGAAAAACAAGUUCUCAUUAAAAUACCAGUCAUAGAUAUACUAAUUCUAGCAAUUAUGGAAAGAAUAUAGAGAAAAGUGAUCAGAGUAUAGGAGCUAUGCCUUAAGAGUUAAAAAUAUAUAAAAAGUUCUUAUGA